UUGUCGCCCUUGGUCACUGUGCCAUAAGAAAAUACAUCGAUCAUAACUGAAUGGACAUUAGUUGCGAUCGGCCAGGACUUGGUUGUUGUAACUACUUGUAGAUAGAUUUGAUUUAAAUCUCUUUGUUUAGAUGUCCACGGCAGAUCCUCCUCAUGCUAUAUAGAUGUAACUCCUGCGCCAUCAAACACGAAGCCGUCGCACCUAAGAAACCAGGGCGACGUUCCAUCCAUCUUCCUUUGCUCCUCUGAUUUCUACAAGUUGAGCUAAGAGCAAAGAUGUCGUCGCGAACCCAGCUGCAUGCCCACCAUGUCCCUCUCGCCGUCCUCGUCCUCCUCGCCGCCGCUGCUCCCUUACUUGCCGGGGCGCCGCCGUCAUCGCCAGACCCGGCGGCCAACGCCUGCGCCAACCCCUCCGUGGACGGCGCGUGCCACAACGUCCCCAAGGCGCUGCGCCUGAAGCUGAUCGCCAUCCCGACGAUCCUGGUGGCCAGCGUGAUCGGCGUGUGCCUGCCGCUCUUCUCCCGCUCCGUCCCCGCGCUCCGGCCCGACCACAACCUCUUCGUCAUCGUCAAGGCCUUCGCGUCGGGGGUCAUCCUCGCCACGGGGUACAUGAACGUGCUCCCGGACUCCUUCAACAACCUCACCUCGCCGUGCCUGCCAAAGAAGCGGCGAGGUGAGGUGAGGUUGUUGAAGGAGUCCGGGAGCACGUGCAUGUACCCCGUGGCGAAGAUGACCCCCGACGCGAAGGCCUUGACGAUGACGAAGAGGUUGUGGUCGGGCCAGAGCGCGGGGACGGAGCGGGAGAAGAGCGGCAGGCACACACCGAUCACGCUGGCCACCAGGAUCAUCGGGAUGGCGAUCAGCUUCAGGCGCAGCGCCUUGGGGACGUUGUGGCACGCGCCGUCCACGGAGGGGUUGACGCAGGCGGCGGUCGCCGCGUCCGGCGACGCCGGCUGCGCCCCGGCAAUGACCAAGGGCCACAAGACAUCAGUUGCGAUCGGCCAGGACUUGGUUGUUGUAACUACUUGGCGCCUGGUCGGGAUCGGCCUGCUGAACGCCGCCUCCGCGAGGCUGCUCCACUACAUGGCGCUGGUGGACCUCCUCGCCGCUGACUUCAUGGGGCCCAAGCUGCAGGACAGCGUCAGGCUCCAGCUCGUCUCCUUCGCCGCCGUCCUCCUCGGCGCCGGCGGCAUGUCCGUCAUGGCCAAGUGGGCGUGACCGAGUCUCGCUCGAUCUUUAUAUGGGCCGCUACGAGCGUAAAAGAUUUUUAGCACAAUAAAUUAAACUUUGGCAACAUUGUGUUUAUCUUAUCAACUCUAUAUUUUGAGGCAAAUUGAGAU